AGUCCCAACUCAUCACUCUUUCUGAGACUACUCCAUGACCACUGGCGUAUCAAAGCAAUGGAAUCGAGCCUGAAGUUGAACCAUCGCAACUCUAAUCGUCCCGCUAAAUCCCUGAUUUUCGAUCGCCGAUACGGUUGGGUGUUUGAUGAGUGGAAGGACCCAUCAGAUCAAGCAAUGGAAGGUGGCCGUGGAAUGUUCUGCGUUUUGCCUUUAGCAAAAGCUUUGUUGAAGAUUGCUUCACAAACGUUGAUCUCCUCGAAAGAAAUCGAUCAGAAGGCCUAACUAUUCCUUGUGUUAUGUGAUCAACAUUUGGUAAUUGCCAUCCAGAGGAUGAGUGUUGUGGCUCAGAUUAUUAUGAGAUCUUGAAUUUUCAUGGCUCGGACUAUUUGAACAUUGCCAUAGAUGAAAGAAUCUUUUCUGCCAAAUGGAAAAGACCAUAAGGCCUUUAUGAGUUGCUAUAUAUAGAAAUCAUCAGUCGUGGUGCUUUUAGCUUUGCU